AUGAGAAUUAUGCCUCACUUCAACAAUUCGGCUUUCACCAUCACUGCUCUCGUGCUUCCAAAAUUAACUACUUAUAGUGGCGGCCCUCACGUCACAGCGCGUUUGUGGAGCCACUUAAAACAUCUGGAGUUGGCAGACCCCGAGUUCCUAGCCGCUGAUCCAAUUGACAUUCUGCUCGGUGCAGAUGUUUUUGCAGCCAUCCUGACGACUGGAGUGCAGAAAGGCGGUCCUUUGGAACCUGUGGCACAAAAAACAUCAUUAGGAUGGAUACUAUUGGGAAGUUUGGCAUUAACCGCUGGCGAAGCUUGCAAUCAAGCAAAUGUUCACCAGUGCAUAACAACAGAAACAUUGACAGAGCUAGUUAAACGAUUUUGGGAGCAGGAAGAGAUCUCGACAAAGCCUUCAGUGCUGACUGAAGACGAACAAAGGUGCAAAGACUUGUUCGUGAAGACGCAUUUUCGGGAUAACAAAGGUCGUUACGUGGUCCGGCUUCCGCUCGCAAAGGAACUCGCUGACCUGUCACCGACGCGAAGCGCAGCUUUACGAUCCUUGACGCAGAUGGAACGCAAAUUCGCGCGCGACGGAAACCUGCGACAUCUGUACGUCGAUUUCAUGCAACAAUAUGUUGAAUUGGAGCAUAUGUCAGCCACUGAGCCACCUAAUACUAAACCAGGGAUGAGGGUGUGUUAUCUUCUACACCACGGAGUUCUUCGCAAAGCGAGCGUCACAACAAAACUGCGUGUCGUGUUCAAUGGCUCAUAA